GUGCACCUUAAAAAAAAUAUUGUGCCAUUGUCAUCUCACAAGUACAUUCAAAAUUCAUGAUUCACGACUCAAGAGUAUUUUCAUAAUAUGGACUAUUAAUGGAGAUAAGAAUAACACACAACAAAAAAAAAAUGUUGGCCUUCUUUAAUCUUCUUCUCUACUUUACACUUUUGAUUUUGUGUGCAAAUCAAUCAUUUGUUGUUGAUGCCAAAGUUUAUAACCGUUAUGAUUUCCCAUUUGAUUUCAUCUUUGGUGCUUCAACUUCUGCUUAUCAGGUGGAAGGAGCAGCAUUUGAAGAUGGAAGGAAAACUAGUAUUUUUGAUACUUUUGCUCAUUCCGGCAGGUUUUUGAAGAGCAACGGCGAUGUAGCAGCUGAUGCAUAUCACAAAUACAAGGAAGACGUUAAACUCAUGAAAGAAACGGGAUUAGACGCAUAUCGAUUCUCUAUAUCAUGGUCAAGACUAAUACCGGAUGGCAGAGGGGCUCUGAAUCCUAAAGGUGUGGAAUACUACAACAAUUUAAUCGAUGAACUCGUCAACAAUGGAAUCCAACCACAUGUUACUUUAAUCCACUUUGAUGUGCCUCAGGCGCUAGAGGAUGAAUAUGGAGGUUUUCUUAGUCAUAGUAUCAUAGAGGAUUUCACUGCAUAUGCCGAUGUUUGCUUUAGAACUUUCGGUGAUAGGGUUCAAUAUUGGAUUACUAUAAACGAGGUUAAUAUGUUCGCUUUUGGAAGCUAUGAUACCGGAUUUUCACCUCCUUCUAGAUGUUCUUUUCCCUUCGGAUAUCAAUGUAUUAAAGGAGACUCAACAACCGAACCAUAUAUCGUUGCUCAUAAUCUAUUGCUUGCCCAUGCAUCAGUGGCUAAGCUGUACAAAGAGAACUAUCAGAGCAAGCAACUUGGCUUCUUAGGGAUCAGUCUUUAUGGCUUCCAUUUUUCUCCUUUAAGGAAUACAACAGCAAAUGCAAUUGCAACCCAAAGAUCAUAUGUUUUUUUCAUUGGCUGGUUCAUGCAUCCUUUGACGCAUGGAGAUUAUCCGAAAAUAAUGAAGAGAACCGCUGGCUGUCGGCUUCCAACAUUUACUAAAAACCAAUCAGAAUUAGUCGAGGGAUCGUUUGAUUUUGUUGGGCUCAAUUACUAUACUGUCAUGUCGACUAAACACAGAACUCUAGUUCCAGAGCCAAGAGAUUAUGCGGCCGACAUUGCAGCAGAGUGGACUUAUUACAAUCACAGUAGUGCCUUACCAAUUGAUAUUACUACAUACCCUGUCUUACCAUGGGGCCUGAAAGGAAUUCUGGAGUACUUCAAGAUUGUGUACAACAACCCUCCAAUUUACAUACACGAAAAUGGGCAAAUGACAAAUUACGAUACAACUGUAAAUGACCCAUCAAGAGUAGAGUAUUUGCAAGCUUUUGUUGGAGGUUUGCUUGAUGCAGUAAGGGAAGGAUCAAACGCAAAGGGUUACUUUGUUUGGUCAUUCGUGGAUGCAUUCGAGCUAUUGUAUGGCUACAACUACACUUUCGGCCUUUAUUAUGUGAAUUUCAGUGAUCCGAAUCAAACCAGAUAUCCGAAAAUUUCUCAAAGAUGGUACUCAAAUUUUCUGAAAGGAGAAAAUGUAAGCACAGAUAAUGAAGGCAGCCAACAUGAGAAUAUGAUCACUAUCUACAAACCUGUGUUGGAUGUGGAUGAUAGGUUUUCUAUUUGAGUUCUUUGUGGGAAUGAUGGUUUGCAAGAUGUCUUGCACCAAGGUGCACCUAGAUCUCGAUGACUCGAAGAACUGAAAAUGUCAAAACACCCACAUAUCUUAUAUUGUAGAAACCUUGUUUAUCAGCAUAUUACAAAUUAUAUGGACCCACUGUACUUCCACUUAGAGAUAUAGUCAAUGGGCCAUGGCCUGGUCAUGAAAAUAAAGUAAUAUGUUAAAUAGAUGUUCAUUGUUCGAACACACGACCUUCUAUGUGUUUUGACUAAGGUGUUUCCAGCUUAUUACACCAUGUCAAUUUAUGGAUAUGUAUUGAUUUUCGCUCACACAAUGAGGUCAUAUAAUAUUUGCCCAGGUAACAAUAUUUUCUAAAUUCGUCCUGA